AUGGCGGAGCGGAGGAUCUCCUAUGCUCCCGACGUCGAGAACGGCGACCGUCACCGUGAGGCCGGCGACGUCAACGAUGGCAAUCUCGAUGAGUACUCGGCCCUGAACCGUUACAUCUCGACUGCCCGCGAUGGCCGUCGUGGUUCGACUUCCAGCGCCGCUGCUCUCAGCGCCAAGGAGGAGAAGCGCCCCUGGUGGAAGUUCUUUGGCAAGAAGGGCGACAGCGUCCAGGAGGGCUGGCAGUGCCCCGACGAGUGGCUCGAGACCGACCUGCGCUCUGGUCUGAGCUCCUCCGACAUCGAGCCCCGCCGCAAGAAGUGCGGCUGGAACGAGCUCACUACUGAGAAGGUCAACAUCUUCGUUCAGUUCAUUGGUUACUUCCGUGGUCCUAUUCUCUAUGUUAUGGAACUUGCUGUCCUCCUCGCUGCUGGUCUGCGUGACUGGAUCGAUCUGGGUGUCAUCUGUGGUAUUCUGCUCCUCAACGCCCUGGUCGGUUGGUACCAGGAGAAGCAGGCCGCCGAUGUCGUUGCUUCGCUCAAGGGUGAUAUUGCUAUGCGUGCUAUUGUUGUUCGCAACGGUCAGGAGGAGGAGAUCCUGGCUCGCGAGCUGGUUGCUGGUGACAUUGUCAUUGUCGAGGAGGGCCAUGUCAUCCCUGCUGAUGUCCGCCUGAUCUGCGACUACUCUAAGCCCGAGAUGUUCGAGACCUACAAGGAGUACCUCCUUACCGCCAACGACGACACCCUCAAGGAGAAGGACGACGAGGAUGAUGAGGACUCCCGCGAGCUCCACCAGGGUGUCUCCCUGAUUGCUUGUGACCAGUCCGCCAUCACUGGUGAGUCUCUCGCUGUCGACAAGUACAUGGCCGACGUCUGCUACUACACCACCGGUUGCAAGCGCGGCAAGGCCUACGGUAUCGUCACUGCUACUGCCCGCCAGUCCUUCGUUGGUAAGACUGCUGCUCUCGUGCAGGGUGCCAAGGACACUGGUCACUUCAAGGCUGUCAUGGACAACAUCGGUACCUCUCUGCUCGUUCUCGUCAUGUUCUGGAUUCUCGCUGCCUGGAUUGGUGGUUUCUUCCGUCACCUGAAGAUCGCUACCCCUGAGGGCUCCGACAACAACCUGCUCCACUACACCCUGAUUCUGCUCAUUAUCGGUGUCCCCGUCGGUCUGCCCGUCGUUACCACCACUACCCUCGCUGUCGGUGCCGCCUACCUCGCCGAGCAGAAGGCUAUUGUCCAGAAGCUCACUGCCAUUGAGUCCCUUGCCGGUGUCGACAUCCUCUGCUCUGACAAGACUGGUACCCUCACUGCCAACCAGCUCUCCAUCCGAGAGCCCUACGUCGCUGAGGGUGUUGAUGUCAACUGGAUGAUGGCUGUCGCUGCUAUCGCCUCGUCUCACAACGUCAAGAACCUUGAUCCCAUUGACAAGGUCACGAUCCUUACUCUGCGCCGUUACCCCAAGGCCCGUGAAAUUCUCGCCCGCAACUGGGUUACCGAGAAGUACUCUCCUUUCGACCCCGUCUCCAAGCGUAUUACCACUGUCUGCACUUGCGACGGUGUCCGCUACAUCUGCGCCAAGGGUGCCCCCAAGGCUAUCCUGAACAUGUCUGAGUGCUCCCAGGAGGAGGCCCAGCUCUACCGUGACAAGGCUACCGAGUUCGCUCGCCGUGGUUUCCGUUCCCUCGGUGUUGCCGACACUGCCCACACCAUCGCUGAGGCCCAGGUUCUCGGUCUGUCCGUCAAGAUGCUUACUGGUGACGCCAUCGCUAUCGCCAAGGAGACCUGCAAGAUGCUUGCUCUCGGCACCAAGGUUUACGACUCGGAGCGUCUGAUCCACGGCGGUCUCGCUGGCUCUGCCCAGCACGACCUCGUUGAGAAGGCUGAUGGUUUCGCUGAGGUCUUCCCCGAGCACAAGUACCAGGUCGUCGAGAUGCUCCAGCAGCGUGGUCACUUGACUGCCAUGACUGGUGACGGUGUUAACGAUGCUCCCUCCCUGAAGAAGGCUGACUGUGGUAUUGCUGUCGAGGGCUCUACUGAGGCUGCCCAGGCUGCUGCCGAUAUCGUCUUCCUUGCCCCCGGUCUGUCCACCAUCGUCGAUGCCAUCAAGCUGGCCCGUCAGAUCUUCCAGCGUAUGAAGGCCUACAUCCAGUACCGUAUCGCCCUCUGCCUGCACCUCGAGAUCUACCUGGUUACCUCUAUGAUCAUCAUCGACGAGACCGUCCGCUCCGAGCUGAUUGUCUUCAUUGCCCUGUUCGCUGAUCUUGCCACUAUUGCCGUCGCCUAUGACAACGCUCAUUUCGAGGCUCGCCCCGUCGAGUGGCAGCUCCCCAAGAUUUGGGUCAUCUCCGUCGUCCUCGGUGUCCUUCUGGCUGCCGCCACCUGGAUCAUCCGUGCCUCCAUGUUCCUGUCCAACGGUGGUAUCAUCCAGAACUGGGGCUCUCCCCAGGAGAUUCUCUUCCUUGAGAUUGCCCUGACCGAGAACUGGCUCAUCUUUGUUACCCGUGGCGGUAAGACCUGGCCCUCGUGGCAGCUGGUUAUUGCCAUCUUCGUCGUCGAUGUCCUGGCUACUCUGUUCUGCCUGUUCGGCUGGUUGUCCGGCGGCCACCCCGAGCAGACCCACCCCCAUGACUCUGCCUACUUCUCCCCCAACAGCCAUGUCGACAUCGUCACUGUUGUUGUCAUCUGGGCCUACUCCAUUGGUGUCACUGUCAUCAUCGCUGUCGUGUACUACAUCCUCACCAUCAUCCCCGCUCUGGACAACCUUGGCCGCAAGACCCGCUCCAAGGCCGACACCAAGAUCGAGAACAUGAUCGCCCACCUGUCCAAGCUGGCUGUUGAGCUCGAGACCGAUCGCGAUGGCAAGACCCGCUACACCCUCGGUGCUCGCGCUGAGGUUGAUGACGAGGAUGAGUAA